AUGUCAGGUCGUGGUAAAGGAGGUAAAGGACUUGGAAAAGGAGGCGCCAAGCGUCAUCGUAAAAUCUUACGAGACAACAUCCAGGGAAUCACAAAGCCCGCCAUUCGUCGUCUUGCUCGUCGUGGUGGUGUGAAACGUAUCUCUGGUUUGAUCUAUGAAGAAACUCGCGGUGUUCUCAAAGUUUUCCUCGAGAAUGUGAUCCGUGAUGCCGUCACCUACACUGAGCACGCCAAGAGAAAGACUGUCACUGCCAUGGAUGUUGUCUAUGCCUUGAAACGACAAGGACGAACCCUCUACGGCUUCGGUGGUUAGGUCAAUCUCGUGUCAAGACAAAGAAAUAACAAAAACCGGCUCUUUUAAGAGCCACCACUUUCUCAAAAGAAUAUAUACGAUCUCGAUUCAUAAAUACUCUGAUAUUGCACAUUUCUAUAUGCUACCACUAUUAUUAAUAUCUACCUAUAUUGCUUUUGCAGGUUUAAAUGUAAGAAUCAAUACAUUUCCCAAUGCCGAUGUGUGUUAUCAUAUAAAACUACCAUGCAACGCUAGACAUGCACAUACUAUAGACUAAGACAUGUAUGUAGCCGUGAGUUUGGAUUGUUCCAAAUGGGCUUAGGAAACCUUGCGCUUCUGCGAAGCAUUGCUAUCCGUGCGAAACCCUCUUCGCUGUUUGUGUAUAUAAAUCGAUACUAAUAAGGAACCAACAUUUCAGAUAAGAUACGAAAUCCUGAUACGAAAUAUGAUAUUGGAUGAGCACGAGAGCUAAGAGCUUACGACCGCCGCGUUCUACAAAUGAUUUUCCCCAUUUAAUCUAGCUUACUUGAAAUAGCAUUUUUUAAAAGAACGACUCAGUUCAACGUUUAUAACGCUGAUAUAAACGUUGUUCGACGUG